UAGGGAAUGAGACGGGGUGUCGCGUGCAUUUUCAGCGGGAGCGCGCGGGGCUGUGCGGUGUGAGCGCGUGCUCGCGGAUCUGCACCGGAUCCUGGACUCAUGUCGGAGAAGAUGAAAGAGAAUCGGGGGGUUCAGGUCCGGAUCUGAGGGGGGUGUGAUGUUCUGAUGUGGAUGAUGAUGAUGAUGGAGAGCUUACCUGCUCUGCACUGACCCGCGAGGAUCCCGCAUCACCUGCUCACGCGCCUGGAUGUGAUUAUCGAUUAUUAAUCAGAUUAUUAAUCAAUGGAUGAUGAGCUCGCUGAGCGGAAGUAAAGAUCGGUCCGUCCGGAGCCGCAAACUCACGAUGUCUGAUUCCUCCCCGACCAAAUCCUCCUCCGUCUCUCCAGACUCCUGGUACCGUAAAGCCUGUGAGGAGUCUCGCUCCGGGAUCCGCCCGGUUCCUGAGGGCGCGCGGUCCAUCCCCGGUUCCUCAGGGGCCCCGUCCCCUGGCUCCGGUACCUCCUCCCCGGGGUCCUUCUCUGGUUCUCCGGGUCCGGUGUCUCCGGGGAUCGGGACGAGCUCUCCGGGAUCUCUGGGUGGAUCUCCGGGGUUUGGUACCGGAUCUCCUGCCUCAGGCAGUGGAAGUUCUCCUGGUUCUGAGAGAGGAACGUGGUGCGAGACCUGCAACGGACGCCUGGGGGAACUGAAGAGACAAGCCGCCAAACUGCUGCUCCCGGGACCGUACUCCAGCAAGGACCCGUCUCUCUCCUUCCUCCUGCACGAUAAGCUUCAGGUGUCCGGCGGGCCGCGGAAGGCCUGGAACGAGCGCGAGAGCCGCUGUGACGUCUGUCUCACCCACCUGAGCCAACUCAAACAGGAAGCCGUACGAUUGGUCCUCACCUGCGACGUCUCGCCCGGGUCUCCGCCCUCUCUGGCCUCACUGGUUGGCUCCAGGAGCGUCGCCCAGGGCUCGGCCCCGCCCUUCCUGCCUGGAUCGUUCCAUCCCAGCACAUCCUGUUCUCCACCCGCGCCGUCGGGCUCCGCCGCUAGCAGCCCUCUUCACGCCAAGCACGGCGCCAAACCCAACACGCUGGGAGUGGAGAGGAGGGGCGGAUCCCAAACACAGCCGGAUAACAGCGGGUCACCCGCACACCCGUCCCGCUCCAACGGCGUCACACUCUUCCCCUACCAGGUAUCAGACGUUACUGAUAAAGCUGUGAAUGAGACUCCUGCCCCGCCCAUCACGGCACCCCCUACAGGAACCUCUGCUGCUGCCUCCUUCUUCGCCAGAGCUGCGCAGAAACUCAACCUCACCUCCAAGAAAAAGAAGCAGAAGCCGACGCCCCCUGCCCCGCUGGCCCCGCCCCUCUUUCCUACCAACUUUGGUGGGAUUCUGCAGGUGACUCCGCCCCCGGCCCCGCCCUGUCUGCUCCGGGCUGUCAGCAAAGUGAGAGAUAAUCCAGGACUCGGGAAGGUGAAGGUGAUGUUGCGGGUGUGUCCCUCCUCUCUGACCGGUCCGGCAGAGUCCAGUUCUUUUCUGAAGGUGGACUCUCAUAAGAAGCAGGUGACCAUCAUGGACCCGUCCACCAACUCCCAGCAGAACCAAAGCCAGAAACGGGGCGCCGCCGGUCAGGGUCCACCCAAAAUGUUUGGCUUUGAUGCUGCCUUCUCACACGACGCCUCACAGGUGGAGGUUUGUGCUGGAACGGUAGCGGAGGUGAUCCAGUCGGUGGUGAACGGAGCUGACGGGUGUGUGUUCUGUUUUGGUCACGCUAAACUGGGUAAGACCUACACCAUGAUAGGGAAGGACGACUCCAUGCAGAACCUGGGCAUCAUCCCGUGCGCCAUCUCCUGGCUGUUUAAGAUCAUCGAUGAGCGGAAGGAGAAGACCGGCGCUCGCUUUUCCGUACGGGUGUCGGCCGUGGAGGUCUGGGGGAGAGACGAGAACCUGAAGGAUCUUCUGUCCGACGUGGCUACAGGAAGUUUACAGGACGGCCAAUCGCCCGGAGUUUACCUGUGUGAGGACCCCAUCUGUGGGAUGCAGUUACAGAAUCAGAGUGAACUCCGAGCGCCCACGCCGGAGAAAGCCGCCUUUUAUCUGGACGCCGCCAUCGCCGCGCGCUACAGCAGCCGGGCGGAGUAUGACGAGGAGGAGCAUCGGAACUCCCACAUGCUCUUCACGCUCCACAUCUACCAGUACCGCAUGGAAAAGAACAGCAAGGGAGGGAUGUCAGGUGGGCGGAGUCGGCUGCACCUGAUCGAUUUGGGAAGCUGCAUGAAGGAACCGAGUAAAUCCCGCGAGAACCCGGAGAGCAGCCCGUGUCUGUCACUGUCGGCCCUCGGGAACGUCAUCCUGGCCCUCGUCGAUGGUUCCAAACACAUUCCAUACAAGGACAGUAAACUCACCAUGCUGCUGCGAGAGUCUUUAGGAAACAUGAACUGUAGAACCACCAUGAUCGCUCUCAUCUCCUCCUCACCCGCCCACUUCUCCCAAACUCUCUCCACCCUCCAGAUUGCCUCUCGGCUCCUCCGCAUGAAGAAGAAGAAGACCAAAGUUACCAUGCAGUACACGUCCAGUUCCUCUGGAGGAGAAAGUUCCUGUGAGGAGGGACGGAUGAGACGCCCCACUCAGCUCCGAAACAUCCACUCCAGGAACGUUGGUGAAUCUGGAAUGUCUCUGCUUCACCUCUCCAGCGAUCCAGACGAGCACUCGAGCAGUGAGCAGUCCUGCGAUACGGUCAUCUACGUCGCCCCCGACGGGUCAGCACUGUCAGACAAGGAGCUCACAGAUAAUGAAGGUCCUCCAGAGUUCGUCCCAAUCCCGUCCCUACAUCAGAAUACAACGGACACAGACGGGGUUCUACAGCAAAGUCAGAUGGUUCCAACCCUGAUACAACCUCCACCACCAGUACAGCCAGUGCAGAGCCUCCAUUCCCAGUCUCUCCCUCCUGUACCUGAGGAGGGUGGCGAGUCUGAUAAACAAGAGAAGGACUGUCUGAAGUGCAACACGUUUGCAGAGCUGCAGGAACGACUGGGCUGCAUCGACGGCAGUGAGGAGGUAAACACGUACCACUUUGAGGAAGUUCCAGCCAGCAGGAUCACAAACACUGAGCCUCAAAGCAUCUCAGGUUCACCAGAAAGGAUCUCCAACGACCAGCAGCUGGAGGAGAUCAGGGAGGUGGUGGAGGAGGCUGAGAUUGCUCAGUCGAUUAUUGAAAGUCUGGCAAAGUCAUCGAUAAACAGCCGGACUGUGGCAGGAUGCGGCGGCAUCGGACAGCUGACCUCCCUUCAGAGAGCCAAGAGCUCCAGCCUUCACAACAGCAGGGAGUCCAUCAGUGGAGGAAGCCUUAGUGAAAGCAAACCACGCCCCAUGGGUUCUCCACGGCUCGGUAUCGCCAGCUUGACCAAAACUGCCGACUACAAGCCUCCAUCAUCUCCUUCGCAGCGCUGCAAGGUGUACACCCAGAAGGGAGUGAUGCCCAGCACGCCCCCUCACUCCUCACAAAACCUGCAUCAGGAGUUAGGAAAGUCCUCCACAGAAUCGCUGCUCCAGCCUGAAUCCAGGACGUCUCCUGUGGGGAUGAGCCCUCAGGUUCUACAGCGAUCGUCUUUAUCCAACAGUCUGGGCUCAAUCGAGACCCUUUCAGAUGAUGUUCCUCAGCUACCUCUGGACAGCAAGAAGAGCACCAUGUUCACCUUGCAGCAAUCUCUGGAGACAAUCGGUGACGGAGAGGAUAAGUCUGUCUUCACCCCUAUCAAGGACCUGAGUGGAAUCAUGGAGAACAGCAGGCCUACAAGUAUCAUCAGCUUUAACAGUGAUUGUUCUGUUCAGGCUCUAGAUUCAGGUUCACGACCCCUGAGUAUCAUCAGCAGUAUCAGUGAAGACCUGGAGUGCUUCAGCAGGAUCAUGUCUGCUACCACCGCCACCAUCUCAGAGGCCAACAUAGCUAGAUUCAUCCCUCAAAGCAAGGCUGAAGGGGAAGGAAGUGAAAGAUCCUCGGUUGGGUCUUGGCUUAGUGAGAUGAGCACAGGAAGUGAUAGAGAACCGUCCUGCCACAGCGUUGUAGCACAGCAGUGCUUCGGACAGGGUGAAGGACCUGCUGAGGUCCAGCUACUGGAGAUAACAGAAGAAGAGGAUGUCGACAAGAAUGUGGAAACAAUGUUCAGGGUGUCACCAACCACGGCAAAGGCAACCAUCACAGUGUCCAGUGUUCGGACCUUAAGCACCUUCAGUAGCAGGACUAAUGUCACGGCUCAACCGUACGCUGCUGUGAAGCCAAUCGUUCACCAUUCCUCAUCAUCUCUGAACAAUCCCAGAUCUCUUCCAGCUUCCUUGUCAAGCAAGAUCACCUUUGAUGAUCCCUGGAUGAAAAAGGAGACCAACAAUGAGUCCAGUCCUGAGAAACCAGAGAACCAAUCAGAUCCUGUAAUGAGUAACAGUGUGUUUGAAAGACCUACCUCAGGCAGGGUAGAUGCAGCAAGUUCUCCAGAUACCUUUAAAAGAGUGGUGGAUGGUUGUGAGAUGGUGAUAAACACCUCAGAAACUAUCUCACCUGUGUUUUCUGUGGACCUGCUCAGAACUGGCAGCCUCCCGAGGGGGUGGCACCGGCUAAACAAACAGGACGAUCUUGAUGAAUUUAGUUUUCGAGGAGAAUUUAAAAGCCUCGGAGUUACCAGCUCCACCCCGUGCAGUCCUCGAGCAACGCUGGAGCGUAGAGGCUCAUCUGGAAGGCCAGGUUUCUUUACCCGUCAGAAAGGGUUACCUCCCUUACCACCAGUCAGGAAGUCCAGUUUGGACCAGAGGAACAGAGCAGGUCUGCAGCACAAUCCGAACCUCUCGUUCCUGGGAAGCUCCCCUGAAGAUCUGGGUAAACAGAGAACACCCUCCUCAGAGAGCAGCAGAUUAUUUAGUGCUAAACUUGAGCACUUAGCGAGCAGGACUAACUCCCUUGGAAGAUCCCACGGUGCUCAUUAUGAUUGUUAUUCCUUAGAGAAGGCAGAUAGUCUCACCUCUGUAGGAUCUAGAGCAUCUUCUGUGAGGGACAGCACCAUGCCCAGGCUGGGCAGAAGUCUCACUCGUAACUCCACCUUCUCCCCGACCAACGGACCAAACUCCAACCUAUCACCCAAAGCAAGCCCAUCCAAAAUCUCAGCCGUUACCAAACUCCUCAUGGCCAGCCCCAAGUCCCGAAGCUUUUCCACGUCCAGCACCAGGACCCUGAGCUUCUCCACCAAGUCCCUUCCAAAGUCCGACAGCAGGAGCUCCAGCCUGCCGCCCAACGGCAAGAAUCUGAACCAGAACUCCUGGUCUACACAGUCGCUGAGCCGCAGCAGGGGGUCAGGACUCGCCUCCAAGCUUCCUCUCAGGGCCGUCAACGGACGAAUCUCAGAACUUCUGCAGGGCAGCGCGGGCCAGGCCGGUCAUGGUCGAGGUGCAUCCAGUGCAGAGGAGAAAGGAGGUGGUGGAGAAAGAUCACUGGUCCACACUUUACCUUCACCUUACAGUAAGAUCACAGCUCCACGCCGACCACACCGCUGCAGCAGUGGCCACGCCAGCGACAACAGCAGCGUUCUGAGUGGAGAGUUACCCCCCGCCAUGGGCAAAACCGCCCUCUUUUACCACAGCGGGGGGAGCAGUGGGUACGAAAGCAUGAUCAGGGACAGCGAGGCUACAGGAAGUGCAUCAUCCACCCAGGACUCCAUGAGCGACAACAGCAGCUCGGUCAGCAGCCGGAGGAGCCUGAAGAUCUCCAAGAAACGGAACAACACGGGUAACCAGAGGAGGCGCCUGAUCCCAAAUUUGACCCUCGACCCCACCUCCCCAGUGAGGAAGCCCAUCCUGAGCCCCGGGGCGCUGUGGGUGGACGGGCCGCUACGCCCCCCUCAGAGGGGCGCCGCCGAACCCUUCGAGAUCAAAGUGUAUGAAAUCGACGACGUGGAGCGUUUACAGAGGAGGAGAACUGCCGAGAGUAAAGGGGUGUUCGUCAGCGCUAAGUUACAGAUUCUGGAGCACCGACAGCAGAGGAUCUCAGAGUUACGAUCCAAAUACCAGAACUUACAGAGAGAGCUGGAACUGACCAAACAGCACCUCAUGAUCCAACCACACAAAUGGACCAGCGACUUUGAUGUGCAGCAGACGUUAGCGCUGGAUUCUCUGGAGUAUCUGGAGGAGCUGGAGUCGGUGACCGAGCGGCUGGAGAGCUGCUUAAACUUCUGUAAAGCUCAUCUGAUGAUGGUCACCUGCUUCGACGUCACCAGCAGGCGCCGGUAACGUGAGGCUAACGCGGUGCUAACACGAGGCUAACACAAGGCUAGCACAGUACAAACACGAGGCUAACACAGUGCUAUCUAAAUACGGACGAGAAACAGGAAGAAGCUUUAGAUGCUGUUUGUGUAUGAAGCGAGACUCACCAGUAAGAACCCAGUAUGAACUCAGAACCAGAACCAGUACAGUUAUAACGCUGGUGUUUAUGGUGAGAUCGGGACUGUAAAGCACUUUUAUUUAACAAGCAGAGACCCUGCAGAAGGUGGAUUGGUCUGUAAAUGCAACCAAGGAUUAAGUGUGUAAAGAAACACGUUGUACCUGAAACACACACCACCGGGCCAAAAGUAUGUGGACGCCCAAACUUUUAUAUAGACUCAGUUACUGUGUUUUAUAAAUAAUUUAUUGUUUUAUUCAGAUUUAAUUCUUUAUGUUUUUUUAUUUUCAC